AUGGAUGAACCAUUGGAGAUAAUAGAAUCUAAUAACCCUCAUGCAAAUGAUCCAGCAUAUCAGGAGAAUCUUAUGUCAUUUUUAGAGGCAUUCAAGAAGGCUUUAUCUGGUAAUUUAGUAGUGCUGGGAGUAGAUAUCGAUACUAACGAGAUUAUAACGGUUGCAGAACUUCUCAAAAUCCCUAAAGAGUAUAUGAAAUGCAUAUUUCUAGCCUUAUAUUAUGUUGAUAGACAAACACAAAAGUUUGGUAUUGGGAUAUUGGAUGAAUUUGAAUGGAUUAAACCAAUUGAAACCGUGGUAAUGCUUUUAUCUGAUCCACUACUACACCUGCAAUUGGCUAAUAAAAAUAUAGAUGGUACUAUAUAUAUCAAAGAUAUGGAGAAAUAUUUUUCCAGACUUGAUCUUAUGCCAUCUAGUAAGAUGCUAGAUGGUACAAACUCAUCAAAAAAUCGGAAACAAGUAGUAAGAAUAGGUUUAGAAGGAAUUAGAGGUGAUGGCAAGGAAGAGUUGAGUAGCUUUUUAAAGCUAAUGAGAUCAUAUAAUGAGUUCAAGCAACAUUACCCUUUCAAUACCAGAUUUGCUUUGAUUUUUACAAAUGAAACAAAUAAUGACAGCAUUGAAGGUCUAUCAGAUGCUGUUGAAGCCAUAUGA